GAGGAGGACGUGGACUUCCUGGCUAAGUUCUCGCGCCUGGUGAACGGCAUGGGUCAGAGUCUGGUGCUCAGCUGGAGCAAGCUGUCUAAGAACGGGAACGUUAAAGAAGCUGCGGAGGCUCUGCAGGCUCUGGAGAGCAAGGUUCCUCUUCUGCUGCGGCUUCUGAUCCACGAGGACGACGACAUCUCCGCCAACAUCGUGGGCUUCUGCUACGAAUACCUGCACGUCCUCAAGCAGCUCCCGCAGCUGACUGACCAGCAGAAAGCAAACCUGGAGGCCGUCCUGCUGGCUGUGAUGAAGAAGCUGACGUACGACGACGAGUACAACUUUGAGAACGAGGUGAGGAGGAUUUGGAGUACUUCAGGAAA